AUGCUAAUAUAAGCACCUAUUCCUCGAACUAGAUUUGCCAUUACUCCAACUAAUGUUCGACCAAUUCAUGUUUGUCUAGACAUGACUCCAACUAGACAAUUUUCCAAUCAUAAUAGCAUCUUGAAUCUCACAUAAAGAUAAGAUGAAAGAUUACCUAUUCGACCAAUCGUUGAAAAUAAACAUCCAUAAUCUAUCAUUAUCAAUAGAGUUCAUGGCAACUCUUUUUCUCAAAACUAAUCUAAUAAGGAAAUACAAAAUUAGAUCUAAGAAUUAACAAAAUAAAAGGAAAACAUGUCUUAAAUUUUAUCUGAAGCCAUUCGAAAAAAUAAUCUUCUCUAAAAAUAACUAAAUGUACUCAUUCUUAUUUUAAUUAGAAACUUUAAAGUGAUAAAACAGAAUAAUCAAUCUAAUUUUAAGUGAAUUUAAAAUAAUUUCAAGAUGAAAUCACUUAAUUAACUAAUAAAUUAGAAAAUCUUAUAAUUGAAAACACUUAGCUUUAAGAAUCUUAUUAGAAUUAAUAAUUUUACAUAGAGUAAUUUGAAUAUUAAGAAAAUGAUCAACUUAAUAUCACAUAACAUUUUGGAUAGAUAUGA